AUGAAAUAUUUAAUAACAUUACUAUUUAUAUUCAUUUUAUUCAAUUUUAUAAAUUCAAUAAAUGCCUACAAAGAUAGAGAAAUAGUUAGAACUCAUUUACAAACUAUUAUUGGUACUUCUGGUACAGUUGACAAUCAUGAUAUAUCAACUAAAUUAGCACCAAGAUUUAAAAGGGAUUUAUCAAAAAGUUUAUUAGCUGUGGAUUCAAAAAUUAAUGGUAAAAAGGUUGAUAUAUUACCACAUACACUCUAUAGAAUUUUAUUUUCUUUUGAUAAUGAUAAAUUUAAAACUAGUUGGAUUACAAUUUGUGAUGGAAAUGGAACAUAUUUAAAUCAAAUCGAUUUUUCAUUCACUUAUUCAAAUGAUAAAAUUUUAGAUUUAAAAUGGCAUUUAGAUUAUAAUACAGAAGAAGUUCAUCAUAAAAAGAAACCAAAUAAUUUUUAUAUAAAUUAUAAAUGGAAAGAGAUUAAGGAUAAAGAUAUUUCAAGUGGAUUGUUUAUUUUAUUUUUAUUUGGAAUUUUAAUUAGUUCAGUCUCUGUAAUUUAUAUCAUUUUCCAAUUUACAGGUGUAAAACCUUCAAAAUCAUUACCAUCAUAUUAUCAAACACUAAAUAGUAAUUUUAAUAAUAAUAAUAAUAGUAAUGGAAAUAAUAGUUAUAAUAGGUCAUACCAACAAAACUCAUCACUACCAUCACUACCAUCACAACAACAACAACAACAACAACAACAACAACAACAACAACAACAACAACAACAACAACAACAACAACAACAACAACAACAACAACAAUAUAAUUUAUCACCACCACCACAACAACAACAACAACAACAACAACAAUACUAUCAAGAAGAUAAUUUUAUAGAUACAAGUGCAAAUGGUAGAUCGCCAACUAAAAAUAUAAAUAAUCUAUCACCAACAACCACAACAUCACAUUCAUUUGAUGAUGAUGAUGAUGAUGAUGAUGAUGAACAACAACCAGAUAUAUCAGAAAUGGAAUCUUUGUAA